AUGGGGAACAACAGCAGCUCCCUCGGGGGUGCAGCAGAUGAAGAGCUGUUGAUACCUUCAGUUGGUCAGAUUACACCAGGCACCGAUGUAACCUCAACCCCAACGACUCUAGAAGGAAUAAACGAGACACAAGUAGCAACAACAAAUGCACCAGCUUCAGUCACCAAAUCAAGAAGCAGAUGGAAGAUUUUAAAUUGUUUUACAAACGCUCCAUCUGAGAGUAAAGACAUGUCCACCGACACAGAAGCUCUAUUCGAGAGGAAAGAAAUAUCUACCGAUACACAGUGUUUGCUAAAAACGGGAAAUAUAUCGACAAACACAGAAGCUCCAUUCGAGAGGAAAGAAACAUCUACCGACACAGUCUGUUUGACAAAAACGGGAAAUAUAUCGACAAACACAGAAGCUCAAUUCGAGAGGAAAGAAACAUCCACCGACACGGACUGUUUGAUAAAAACGGGAAAUAUAUCGACAAACACAGAAGCUCAAUUCGAGAGGAAAGAAACAUCCACCCACACGGUCUGUUUGAUAAAAACGGGAAAUAUAUCGACAAACACAGAAGCUCCAUUCGAGAGGAAAGAAAUGUCAACCGUCACAGACUGUUUGAUAAAAACGGGAAAUAUAUCGACAAACACAGAAGCUCCAUUCGAGAGGAAAGAAAUGUCUACCGACACGGACUGUUUGGCAAAAACGGAAAAUAUAUCGACAAACACAGAAGCUCCAUUCGAGAGGAAAGAAAUGUCUACCGACACGGACUGUUUAAUAAGAAAGGGAAACAUAUCGACAAACACAGAAGCUUCAUUCGAGAGGAAAGAAAUCUCAACCGACACAGACUGUUUGAUAAAAAUGGAAAAUACAUCGACAGAUACAGAGAAUCUACUUGAUAAAAGAGAGAUGUCCACUGACACUGGUAAAUUAGUACAAAAAUGGACUGAAACAGCUAGUGAUUCAUAUGAAACCUUUCCUAUGGGUCAAACUCAGGAAGGCAAAGAAAAUGGACUGAAACUUGAGAUCUUGAACAAACUUGAACAAGAAGAAAAAGAAAUUACAAGCAAUCUGAAGCAGCUGAAUAUCAUUCAAAACGACUUUGAAGAAAGAAAAUCAGUUUUGGAAGACCAGAGGAAAGAACAAUCAAAUAAGCACGUGAUGGCAUUGUGUGAUAUUGGUAACAUCCACAGGUGGAGGGCUAAACUUACAGCGAGGAAACUAGAGUAUGUGAAGAGUAUUGCUCUGUUUGAAUGUGCCGAAGUUCACCUUCAAGAAUGUUCAAAUGAUGUUAAGAAGCAGGAAUCUGAAAGAAUAAAACAAGAAAGGAAGUUUACUUUGCGAGAAUUCCUAAGCGGAAGUACAAUGGCAACAUUAGAUGACAAAGUUCUACAGUUUGAGAAAGAUAAUAACACCAACAAAGAUACUCUGAGAAAAAUACGAGAAAUUAUGAAAACUAAACUUAGAAAUUUAAACAGAGAGCAUGGUGGAUGUCCCAUUGAUCUGGAUGAGGCACACAAAAAAUUAGAAAAAGAGUACAUAGAACAAGUCAGCGAAAUCUUAAAAUGGAAUCACGGAGAAAUAAAAAAGUUCAUAGAAUUGUUAGUGAACCAGAGUAGAAAAAUGUUUGAAUUUUACAAUGAUGACUUUGCUUUUAUAGCAUUUGGAUCCUUCUCGAGAAAGGAAACAACACCAUUUUCCGACGUAGAAUUCGCAGUUGUCGUAAACACAAAUGACUUUGGCAUAGUUCCCGAGUAUAAAGUACAGUUAAUGAACAUCAUUAUGUGUGUACACAUCAAACUACUUAUGCUUGGUGAAACAAUUUUACCUGCUAUGCACAUUGACUCUCUCAAGGACUUGUAUUACGAUGACCGAACACACGUGUCCGUGAAGCAAGGAAUGUCCUUUGAUGGAUUGAUGCCACAUGCGAAUAAAACACCCUAUUUUGAAGAUCCUCAAAAUGAAUUCUCACUCACAGACACUAAGAAAGCAUCCAUGAGGUACUUUGAAGCCAAUGGAAAUUUGAGCAAAAUACUCUACUUCUAUAAGGGAGAUUUUGAGAUUCUAUAUGGUGACGAUUCAGUUGCAGAUGAGAUGAAAGACCUCUUUAAAAAAGAUGGGGUGAAACGCAAUAAGAUCAUAGACGGAAUAAUGAAAGAGUUCAAGGGUGACUUGAUGAAAUAUUCGUGCACUAAGAAGAUCUAUGAUGCCAAGUUUAACGAACACCUGCUAACAGAUAUAGAACUCAGUGUCAAGAAGGAGCUGUACCGUCUCCCUAGUGUGGUUAUCAACAACCUGCUUCAUCUACUGGGAAGCAAGACAACCUGUAUAUGGGAUGUAAAAGGAGUGAAAGGCCUGAGCGAUGAUAACCUACACAACCUUACAAUGAUCCUAGCGUUAGCUACAGAGUUCAGACUCAGGUGUUACGCAGAGAAUAAUGGCCAAGUGGACGAGGUCAAAGGACAGCUGUUUCCUGAUGUAUUCCUGAGCGAAAACAAAGAGAAAUCGAAACAGUUCAUCGAAGAUUUGGUAUUGCGCUACUACAUGACAGCUAUUCCCUUAGUUUCCAGUAUCGAGCAACAUAGUCACAAACGAGGGGAAACGGGCGUAACUAAAGAGCAGAAAGGAGAGGCAUUGCUCAAGGCAGUAGGAACACAGCCCUUGUAUGAUGCAUCACUUCUUAACCACGCAAUGGCAUAUCUACUGAUUGAAAAAGACGAGAAGGCAAAAGAGUACCUCGGUAAAGCCAAUGCGGAAUAUCUCAAACAAGAAAAUCCCGUGGAUCACAAUAAGCUUAUUCUACAGAUUCUCUUAAACAUGUACAUCAAUGAUGCAGACAACAGCAACGAAUUCUUGAACCUCGGUCCACGUGUCAUUGAUACAAGUAACAGUGAUGUAGUCAACACUCUCGGAAAUGCAUUAAUACAGCGAGGUGAACCGCAUGAAGCAGAAAAAGUAUUGAAAGAGUGUGCAAACAAACAUGGAACUGACGAGUGUUACAAGCUGCUGACAACAGCUCUAGUCAAAAAUCGUAAGGGUGAAGAACUACAGAAGAUUCUAACUGAAAAACCGGAACUUCAACUAAGAGAAAGAUUAAAGGAUGAUAUAGAUGCGGUUAUAACACAGUGGCAGCAGCAGCAGCAGCAGAUAGAAGUAUUGCGGAAAUACAAACCAAAGACAAUACAAAGAGAAGGGUUUUCUGGCUACCCCCAAAUUCACUCCCUGGCUGCUGCAGGUACUACUGGUAUAGUGAUGAUUGUGUUGUCAGGGUAUAACAACUAUAAAGCAAUCCUCUGCAACAAACAACUCAAAGAGAUGAAAACACUGAACACAACUGGUAAUCCAUAUCGAGUGAUAUCAAGCCCUGAUGGUCUGGGUGUGGCAGUACUGUGUGAGAGAGAUGAUAACACUUGGAUUGUGCAGGUGUUUAACACAUCAGGGGACCACAAGCGAGACAUACCAUUACCAGAUACAAUCAAACCUAAAGCUAUUGCAGUGAAUAGUAUUGGUCAGAUGGUGAUUGCGGAUGGCACCAAUGGGUCCUUAGUGUUCAUCAACUGGCAGUCUGGGAAGGUAGAACACACCACACCAUCUGGAUUGUUCACACCAUCUGGAUUGACCGACCGAGGCUACAAGACAUGCACCAGUGGUUACUACCCAUUCAUAGCUGUGACUAAACAGGAUCACAUCACAAUAUCCAACCGUGACACUAAUAUCAUCAGAUGUGUAGACAGUCAUGGUGAGGAAGUGUUCACAUACAGUGGUGAGGGUAAGAAUGCACUGAAUCGUCCCCGUGGUGUGUGUGUAGACACACUGGGGAAUAUCCUAGUAGCUGACUUUGGUAACAACAGAGUGCAAUUACUCUCACCCGAUGGCACCUUCAUCAGACACGUACUGUCAGAAAGUGAUGGGUUGAAGUGGCCAUGGUCUCUCGCAAUGGACACAGAGGACAACCUGCUAAUAGGAACAGGGCUUCCCCCUUUCAUAGUUGUUAUAGGAGAAUUGCCUCAACCUGAAGCAUUUAUAGUGAAAUAUAAGCCGUAG